CUCAGACUGUCAAACGACCCCAAUUCCAACAUAAAAGCCCGCCCGUGCUGCCUCUUCCGCUCAUCCCAUCUCUCGUCCACACCACCAACAUCGUCGCACAGACUGACCACUCGCGCCAUGUCUUACCCUUUACCCCGUGCCUUGGUAAUGGAAGGAGUACCCUGGAAGGUCCUCUAUGCGCUGGACGCAUCCUUCUCCUUCGUCUCGGCCUUACUGUCCGCGGCGAGCUCCUUCGUCGUGUCACUCCUUUGUCCUCAUACCCUGCUCUCCAUCCCGUCCCCUGGCUUUGUAGAUGUCAAACUGCUCCACAAAGGCUCGCCGGUCUUCAGGAGCUGCUUCGAUCUCAUCAUCAUUUUCGACCUACUGGUUUGGCUGGAGGUGAUCUUUGUCGCCCUGUUGGUAUACCGGUCGUUCUUUUCUUCGGUCAAGCGCCCCACUGCUGCAGCCUCUAGGGUACAUGCCGAGCCCGAUUAUCGUUCAGCUUCGACAAGCGCAUCUGUUCGAUUUCGGAUUAGCAUCGACGAGCUGCCUGGUGCUGCACAGCCCGUGUAUAGUUCUGCCUCGACAACUGUUCGAUUCCAGAUCAGCAUCGACAAGCUACCUGGCGCUGCACAGCCUGCGCAUCGUUCAGCUUCGACAACUGUUCGAUUCCAGAUUAGCAUCGACGAGCUAGCUGAUGCUGCACAGCCCGUGCAUCGUUCAGCUUCGACAACUGUUCGAGUUCAGAUUAUCAUCGACGAGCUGCCUGGUGCUGCACAGUCCGUGGUCCGGCAUUGCCCUGACUGUCGUCCCAUCUCCGACGACGCAGGUGUCCCGCCUGCCGCCCAACGUGGUCUAGUUUCCGAAGACGAGACUGUUCCGUCACCAGCCCCGACAAAGCCCUCAUUAACGGUUGGCAACAUCGAGCAAGAUGAGCGCGAAUACGUCAAGAAGCUGGUCAUGAACGGUGACACGGCAUCCUCGCAUGUACCGUCGGGUUCCCUUUCGAUCGUCAGGACCGCUUUAGCUCCAGAUGUACCGGAGCCAUACCUAACGAAGACCAAGGUCAACACCGAACAGUUCCUACGUUCGGCGGCUGAAGGUGUCGUGCUAACCGUCGGCGGCUACAGUGCACUGGUCAGUGCCUUGUACCCUUCAUCACCUUCGCCUCUACUCUGUCUCCUCGCCACCGCCAUCCGCGUUCCGAUGACCACGCGCGCCCCCUUCAUAGAGACCCAGCUGGGCAUACCCCGUAGCCUACCCGACAUCGGAUACUUCAGGUGCUUGUCACUGUCAUCGUGGCCCUCGCUGAUGUCCGCAAUGCGAGGUGGAUCAUCGUCCACGCGCACACUGAUGGAUGCUCCGAAGUCGGGUGCCGUUGUCGUUCAUAACACGGCAGCCUACCGCCAGCGCUGGGUCUCGACGGCAACAUACAUUGGCGUCAUCAUUGGUCAACGUGUUGUCUUGCUUCCUCUCCUCGCUCUCAGUCUUCCUGAUGCUGCCCCCUUCCGCCACCUGUCCCCUGCAUCGCGUCAUGUCAUCUCCCUGCUGGUGCCCAGUGGAUCGGCGAGAUUGUGUGCACGCGCUCUCAUAGGUGCGCCGGAAUUGUCGACGAUAACCGCCCGCUGCAAGGCAUUGGUGCUCUGGGUUCCGUUAAAUAUCACCGUCGUCAUCGUCUGCAGUCAGCGCGAGGCAUUUUCCCAUUCCAUCCCCCUUGCUCUCCUCACUCCUACCCCUUUCCGAAACCUCUGUGUGUUGUCAUAUUACAGGGCGUUCUUACUAAGGCUUGCCAUCCGACGCGAGAGAUCGCCUGUGCGCGCGGUCAUAUGUGCACCGGAACCCACUGCCGGCAGGAACCAUAGCCAAUCGUUGGUUCUGUGGACUCCGUCGUUCUCAACCGUCAUCGUUGUUCUCCAUGGCAAGCCCAAGCAUGCUUCUGUGUCGAUCCCCCGUAGCCUUGUCUAUCCUGGUCAUUUCCACCAUCUCUCCCUCGUCUCAUGGUAUAGGGCAUUCCAGCGAGUUCCGUUGCGGUGCCGAGCAAGACCGAAAGCUCCCUCACGCACAUUGGCGCUGCAGUUGUGGUACCCAACUGUUGUCAAAGUGCUCUUUUGUUCUGCUCGUUCACUGACACCAUCCAAUCCGGCCCGCUCGCUCUUCAUGUCGUCCAUCGUCCCCUGUGCUGCCCGUCGCGCCUCGUUAACAUGCUUGACGCCAGCGCUAGCAUCCUCGUCGACCGAUGAUGGGCUGUCUGCCCUUGUCGCGGUCAAUGAUAUGUGUCCUUCUUCGGCAACCGUGCCCCGGCUCCUCUGGGCACUCUGUUCUGGUUCUCCUCUCCCGUACAUCUCCCUGUUCCCUCCUCCCCAUGUCUGCACCAUCGCGGCCUUCUCGCUCACUGUCAAUGGUGUGAGCGGCCUGCUCAUCACGGCCACGUUCUUCCCCCACGCCAACUCCUCCUACCCCUCCGACUGUGUCGUUGUCUACAUGGAUCCUUGCCGUCACGACGGUCUUCCACUUUAUUGUGGAGACCGCAAUGCGCUGACGCUACAGACGCUCGCGCGCUGCGACCCCGAUGAAGUCAUCAUCGUCGCUUACGACAACGCCAUCGCCUCCGACACAGUCGAUAUGAACAUUGAAGAACCUCACCACCGCAAGCCCCGCAGACGGGGAGGGAAGAGGGUCACCGCUCGACGCAAUCGCGAGCGGGAUGCCCGGGCAGCUGCACUGGCUGCUGAAGCUUCAGGGAACAAUAUCGAGGAGAACGAGAGCACCUUAGCCAAAGACCAUUACGACGACAAGGAUGCAUCGGACGACAUUCGGAGCGCGCCCGCUCUACAACUACCACCACCACAGCGAGAAUCUGAGUCAGACUCUGAACCAGAACCUGGCGAAGACGAAGGGACAGGCCGUAGAAGAAGACCACCAAGAGCGGGGAGGAAGAGGACGAGACAGCUGCGACGCCAGGCUGCAGAGCGAGCUGCAGCAUCGGAUGCAAACAGGUCGUUAUCCUCCGCAGUUAAGGCGGAAGGGCCUUCGCGGACGCCAACCAGGAUCCACAAUCCACCCGUGCCAAGGUCACAAGCUUCCUCCUGUCCAGGACAGAUUGGAGGCAUGACACAGGCAACGAAUGGGGCAUCGUCAUCGAGAACACCGGCAGCAGGGUCAUCACGUUCGCGCAGUCACACAUUACACACACCAAGGAUACAUAAUUCCUCACCGGCGGGUCCGUCCGUUCCUUCCCCGAGCUCAGGAAGUGCGGGCAGUCAGCCAAGUCGUUCCUCCAACGAUCGCAGCAGGAGGUGGCAACGAUCGCGUCAUUCGGGCACCUAGUCCCGGAGGCGCUUCAGGAGGGGUAGUGCGGAGUGACACAGAAAUAUUCACGGACAUCUCUUCCUA